CUGCUAUCUGUGCCGACUGAUAGUUUAUAAAAGAAUCUAUCGGUCGGGAUGAACUGCGAGGUGUAGCAUUGUAUUUCCUAGUCGGUGUUGUCAGUUCCGAAGUAAGUUACAGGCCACACAUACACAUGAAAUAUUGGUCAAAACAGUGCAUAGAACAUAACAAAACGUGGACAUUCACGGAAAGAAACGGGAACUUGGAUUUUAGGAACACCGAACAGGUGUCCGGGCGAGCUCUUUAUUCUGGAAGUUUGAGUGUUAACAACAGUGCUUGUUAGUGAAUACUCUCAGCUUGGCGGGAUCAGUACAGGCAGGUCCACUAGCGGAAUGGCUGACCACAGUCAGGUGACAGCGGGACAUCACCAGACAGACAGGAACGGCCAUGUUCAUUUUCCAGCUGAUCAGGUGGUCACCCAUGACAGUGAAAUUCAGAUCGUCCGUCAAGAAAACAAAUAUGAUGUCCACCUGGGCUUCCUGCAAUUCCGACACUUGUACAAGGUGACGUUCUGUGUUAAAGAUACCCUUGGAGAGGACAUUGAAGCUGAUCCCUUACAGAACCUUCACGUCAAGAUGGAGAGCUAUCAGCCAACUGAAGAUGGAGAAGGGCACCAAGUGGUCGUUAUAUUCAACGCUCAUCGAGAGAAGGUUUUAGAAGAAAGUCUGAAGGUUACAGACUCCAAGGACAAGAGCAAAUCUAUAACACUGGCCUUCCACGCUCGUGUCCUCGGGAAGGGCCAGGGAACACCUGCUCUACGUAACGGCAUCCAUUGUCUCAGCGUGGACUGGGACGAAGACUCCGACGUCAGCGACUGGCAGGGCUUCAACUAGACUCUUCCCGACAACAUCAUUGUUGACGCACCCAUGGCUUGUACACACAACUUUCCUCAAUUACACUUGAAUACAGGGGACACUAUUUGUGUCUAGUGGUUAAAGUGUUUUGCUCAUCAUACUGAAAACCCAGGUUCGAUUCCCCACAUGGGUACAAUGUGUGAAGCCAUUUCUGGCGUCCCCUGCUGUAAUAUUGCUUGAAUAUAGCUAAAAGCGGCGUAAAACCACUCACUCACUAAAAUAUGUGUCACUACUACCCUAUAUGGCGGCCAUAUGUGUUCACAGGUGAGAGAGGAACAUAGUGUAUACAAGCCAUGAAGUAUUGACGAUGUUUUAGGAUAUGUCCGUAUGGACUUUGUUGCCGUCAAGAUGGGACCGUCGUGAACAAGACAUACCCUGAACUCAAGACAUGACCACUUUGGAGUUGGGUACUCCACACCUGUCAAAAAUGACAUCCUAAUGUCAAAUAUUACUGUUUGAGGUUCUUUUAAAUCCUUCAACGGCAACUGUAAACUCCGAAAUAAUGUCCUAUUAUUUGUAUUGUGAAAUUGGAGCUGCAGUGUUCACGUAACUGAAAUGUACAUACAAAAUGGGAAUGUUGUCAAUCAUUGACUGUCUUGGUCAUGUUGGUUGAAGUUCUUUGAAUGCAAAAUGUUAUUGAUCAGUUACCAUGGUAACACAAUGACCUUGAAAAGAAGAAACCAAGGUGAAGGUCAAAGAAACUUUCAUUUCUCUGUUUCCAAGUAAAUUGAUCUUUUCAUAACACAAAUAUCAAUAUGGGAUUUAAUAACAGGAAAUAAUUACUUUGUAUGUUGUUUAGACGGUGAUUAAAUUGGACCAUUGAAAAGAGGGCUUUUAUAUAUAUUUACAGUAAAAUUUUGACAUGAUUUCUUUGAUCCGCAAGCAAAGCAUAAGGUCAAAGGUUGUCAUCAGCAUGAGGUUUGAUAUGCCGCUGUUCUGGGAAUUAAUCUGGAAAGUUCAAUAUCAUGUCUGAGAAAGUGGGGCCUUGACUUCCAUGAAAUUUCAAAACCAACUUACCUGACAGGUCUGAAGGUAUGCAAAUGUGGUAGAAGAGGAUAAUAAUUACAAGCGAAGUCACAUAGAUAGAUUGUGUUAGAAAUGGAUAGAUUGUGUUAGAAAUGUGUUAGAAAUGGAUGGAUGGUAUUAGAAAUAUGUUAUGGUCAUGAGCUGCUCAGUAUUAGGUUUUUUCCUGUUUAAAAUUACUUUUAGCAAUAUUUCUAUACAGAAAAACUAUGCCUGAAUGAGCGUCUUUAUAAUGCUAUGUCAUAAGAUUUCACACAUGUGCUCUAGAAUUAAAAGUCGAAGAAUGUGAAA